AUGUCUCACAUUUACGGUUAUCAAAAGCACAUACGCUUGAUUUUUCGAAGUGCGGUAUUUUACCAACGAGUGUCAACGCUUGGAGAAAGUGAAGAACAAGUGGGAAUUUCCCUCACAUCCGGCUGCUGUUCUUUUUUCUUCCUCAAUGUAUCUCUUCCUGUAUGCUUUAAUUUUUUGUUUAUUUUGCAGAUUGUGCGACCCGUAAACGCAUUUCUCAUUGUUGAUGUACAAAAUGACUUUAUAAGUGGUUCUUUGGAUAUAAGUAAUUGCAGUGCACAGCAAAAAGGAUAUGAGAUACUUGAACCUAUUAAUAACCUAUUGGAAACAGUUGAUUUUGAUGCUACCUUUUAUUCAUUAGAUUGGCAUCCCAGUGAUCAUAUUUCUUUUAUAGACAAUGUUAAAAUGCGUCCUAUGGAUGAAUCGUCACCAAUUGAUGCGGACUCUGCGCAAGUAUUUGAUACUGUGAUAUUUGCUGGUCCACCACCAAUGAAGCAACGGCUUUGGCCACGUCAUUGUGUACAAGAUUCAUGGGGUGCUGAAUUGCAUAAGGAUUUGAAAAUAGCGGACAACAGUGUUAAAGUUUAUAAGGGCACAAAUCCAGAAGUAGAUUCAUAUUCAGUGUUCUGGGAUAAUAAAAAACUUUCAGAUACUUCGCUAAAUGCACAGUUAAAACUGAAGGGAACUACCGAUAUAUACGUAUGUGGAUUAGCUUAUGAUGUUUGUGUUGGUGCUACGGCUGCUGAUGCUUUAUCCGUUGGUUAUCGCACUAUUUUGAUUGAUGAUUGCUGUCGUGGCACUGAUUUUCAUGAUAUUGAACAUACCAAGGAAACGGUGAUUACCCAUCACGGCGUCAUUGUGCAUUCCAAUGAGGUUAAAGGAAUGGCUGAAGGACGUGAUCGUCGUCCUGAACUUGGUUACAAAUUAGCUAUGGAACUAAAAAAUCCUGACUCUGCACUAUCGCAGCGCAAUGAAACACGUCCAGUUCAAAGAAUAAGAGAUGAUUCAAAUUAACUGCAUUAAAAUCAGUAAGGACGUAAAACUGAAGCACAGGCUUGGUUUCAAACUUCACUAUUUUAUUUUAAAAAUGUACAUCCUUCACAAAACUGAACUGUAGUAACGAGUAUUUUGAAAUAAUAUUUAGGGUUUCGUAAUAGCAUAUCAUGACUUAUUUAUUUAUGGAAAAGUAUAUAGUAUUUAAGCACAUCUCUUAUCUUUAAUUGGUUUUAUUUUCAAUUUUAUAUUGUAUUUUGUUUGACAUUUGGUACUUAGAAUACUUUGCCUUGAAGAAACAUGUAACUU